AUGUCCGUCGCGCACGCGACGGACCUGUCCACCUCCGUCCUCGACCUCGAGUACGUCCGCGCGAACGCCGCGCGCGCCAUCGCGCGCGCGCUCAAGUCGGUGCGCGGCCGCAAGGCGCUCGUCCUCGACCCGCUCCUCCUGACGCCGCUGCAGCGGCUGUGCAACCUGACGCGGCUGACGCGCGAGUGCGACGUCGAUCGGACGUAUUCGCUCGAGGGCGGGACCGUGGAGACGCGAUGCGCGGAGAUCGUCUUCGUCGUCAAGCCGAGAGUCGCGCUCAUGAAGACGCUCGCGGAGGUGGUGCGCGCGGUCCGAGAGGACGCGGAGCGCGCGAGGAGGGCGCACGCGCGGAAGCACGCGGCGCGGGACCUCGCGGGGAACCUGCACGCGGUGGGCGCGAACCUCCUCGAGUCCUUGACGUCGUUGUCCAAGACGACCGCGGACGUCGUCUCGUCGUCGGGGUCGGGGUCGGGCGCUUCGAACGUCCCGCCGCCGCCGGCGACGCCGUCGUUCACGGUGUUCUUUCUUCCGUGCGAGACGGAGAAGUGCCUGGAGACGCUCGAGCGCGCGUUCGUGCUCAACUACCUCCGCGUCGGGGCGAUACCGUGGACGCGCGCGAUACCGCUCGAACGCGACGUGAUUCUCGUCGACGGCGGCGGGGACGAGCGCUGGCGGUCGGGCGACGGCGGUCCGGGUCCCUCCUCGUCGACGUCCACCGAAGCGCUGAAGCGACACGUGUUCAACGAGCCCUCCACGAGCGGUGAUGGCGCGGGCGCGGGCUCGAGUGGUGGGAGCGGCGGGGGCGGCGCGGGCGGGUCCUCGGCGGACGCGGCGAACGGGGAGGGUAUAACCGCCGUCGCGAGGGCGUUACACGACCUUCAGAGAGUCUUCGGGACGGCGCCCAUCGUGAAAGGGAAAGGACGCCGCGCGGCGAAGGUAUCCGAGGCGAUGGAGCGGCUGCGGAGGGAAGCGCACGAGAAGGAGACCGCCGCGGAGGACGGCGACGGGAUGUACGAGGACGGCGAGGAAGAAGGCGACGACGCCGCUACGGAUGAUAUCAAAGAAGUAACGGACGGUCCGCGGCCGUUACCCGGCGGGUACCUCACCCCGGUGAACCCGCGCGUGGACGUCGUCGUCCUCCUCGACCGCGACGUCGACGCGGUGACGCCGCUGUGCACGCAGCUCACGUACGAAGGCCUCAUCGACGAGAUCAUCGGGAUCGAGAAUGACGUCGCGGUGAUCCCCGCGGAGGAAGACGAAACGUCGACCGUCGCGGAGGAAGACGGAACGCCGCCCGUCGCCAGACCGGAGGUUCGCGCGCGGCUCAACAGCAACGACGCGUUGUUUCGCGAGCUCCGCGACGUCAACUUCGGCCGCGCGUGCGAUCUCUUAAAGAUGAAAUCCUCCUCCAUGCGCGACGACUAUCGCGUCAUUAAAGAAGGCGAGAUCGAGACGCAGGAGGUGAAAGCCAUCGGCGGGUUCGUGCGCGCGAUCAAGGGCAACAUUCACGGCGUCGGCCUCGACCUGCACACGACCAUCGCGAAGCACUUGUUGGACUCCACGCGCGGCGCCGACGAGCACGAGCGACGAUUCAUGUCCAGCCUCGAGAUCGAGCGUAUGUGCGUGGAGGGCAAGUCCGCGGACGCGUGCGUGGAUAAGCUCGAGGAGAUGAUCGCGGCGAAGGAGAACGUGCGCCGCGUCGUCAGGCUUCUGGCGUUGAUCUCCCUGUGCCACGGCGGCGUCGCCAAGGAGAGGGUGGACGCGUUGAAAAAAGCGAUGUUUCAGUCGUACGGCGCCGCGGUGCUCAUGCUGCUCCUCGCGCUCGAGCAGCGCGGGUACCUGCGACGGAAAGAGGACUGGCACGCCGCGAAUAAGAAGUCGAAGGAGAGCGGCCACGGCGGACUCGGCGGGUUAACGCUCACGCGGCGAGCGUUUAAACUCGUCGCCGACGACGUCGACGUCGCGUCGCCGAAGGACGUGUCGUUCGCGUAUUCGCACAGCGGGUACGCGCCGCUGUCCGUGCGCGUGUGCGAGCGCGCCGUCGACGGGCCGUGGAACACUGGAGGCGCGGCGGAGGCUGCGCUGAGAGAGCUCCCCGGGCCGGCGUUCGAGUACGCGCAAGGGUACGACGACGACGGCGCGCCCGCGGUCAAGGCGGCGAAUUACGCAGGGUUCGAAAAGAAACGCGCGAGGGCGAUCGAGCGCCAGGUCGCGGAGAGCGGCGGCGAUGGCGAUGGCGACGCCGCGCGCCGCGGCCAAGGCGGCGACGACACGCAGGGCGCGAGGGUCCCCGGCGCGUGGAGGGACCGACGCCCGGUCGUCCUCGUCGUCUUCCUCGGCGGCAUCACGCGCGCCGAGGUGAGCUGCCUUCGGUUCGCGUCCGACUCGGUCGCGAUGCGGCGCGGCGUGGACUUCGUCGUCGCGGCGACGAAGAUCACGUCGGGGUGGGGCGUCGUGAGCGAGUUCAUCGCGCCGGACGACGCGAACUUCGAGAGGAUGCGCAGCCUGAAGGAGGAGAACGAGGCACGCGCCGGUUAG